GUGGGCACAGUGGCUUUCUCCAUUCCCGAAAUCCUCAAAGUGAAGCAGGCAUUGACAUGGGGCUGGAAUGAGGAAAUCUUUCUUCGAGGUGAGGAGGAUGCUGGAGAGGAAAGCCGUCAGGCUUCUGCGGAGCUGGCUCGACAAGUCUCGACGGCCGUGAACGACCCUGUGUGGUGGGCUUGGCUGGCCAUGCUAGAGGUGGUUUGUGCGUUGAUUCGUCGGCACAUCGCAUGGGCUGAGUCUUGUCCUUGCCAUUGGCACCUGUUGGAAGGUUCUCGGCGAGGCGAUUAUGACAUUCCUCCCAGACUUCUGGAGCUGAUUCAAAGCUGCCCCAUGCGAGGCAAACGUGCUGCCGAGGUUUCCAGCGGUGAUUUUCUCGAAAUCAUGAAGGAUUUGUGGGCUGUCUCUGCCGCCCAAGUGUUGCGUGUUAUAGGGCGUGAGAUAAACCAGCAAGACAGAACACUCAUCAUGCAAGAGUUUGAUCGUGCACAGACUCAUCUCGCUUUCUAUUUCACUUUGAAACUGAGCCACCUGCAAGAGAUGCCGUGGAUGAUUUUGCAGCUAGCACACCCUAAGGAGACAGUGGCCCAGAUCGCUGCCAAUGCAGUUUUGCAAUCAACAUGUCAGCAUCCUCUCGCUGUUGAGUUGCGUAGGGAGCUUCGAGAUUCGUGUGAAAGCUGGGUGCAAGGGGAACCUUUGAUGACUGUUGAUAAGCAAGAUCUGCAGCAGUUCGUCGGUGCUCUGGCUUUAGUGCCGACGUCAGAACGGCCCAUUGAAGGUAAUGGCAGAGUCGUUCGUAAGCGCCAGGAUCCCAUGCGGUCCAAGGUGAUUUACCAUGCAGACCCACUCGUGAUGAUGAGCGACAUCAAGCUCCGCCGGCUUUGGAUGAUGCUGGCGUUGACGAUCGUGUUCCAGGUGACGGAGUCGGGCAGCUCGUGCAACAAGGGCUUGGGCCCAGCAUCAGGGACAGAUUGCCUGAGGCCACAUUCGAGUGCUCACUGUGACAUCAGCUUUCCAGCAUUUCAUGUGGAUUUGGAGCCGAGCUCAGCUGCAAUUGAAUCGGAAGGUGUUGCCGAUGCUGCAAGUUUUGGUGAAGCAGUGAGAGCGACCCUAUUCUUUCAUGUCGUGCGUGGCUCCCCCAAUAGCAUGGUGCGUGUGACUGUGGAUGGUGAGUCGGGUUUUGAUGCUGCAGAUGUCAUCAUCGCUCCCCACCGGACAUUGCAUGUUAAUGGUCACAGCAGAGAAGUGAUCGUAGAUUCCGCAGCUUUGGAGUGGCUGAACCAUUCAGAGAAGCAGGUCUUUGUUCUCAGCCUCGUCAGUUUUUCUUGUGAAGAACUGGCAGCCAUCUGUAAGUGGAAACGUGCCGAGAAGCUGGAUUACGGUUUCUGGGGGGUUGCCGAGGCAGCACAGCUCAAGAUUCCAGCUAGUGCCAAGCACGUCCUCCCACAACUGCUCCAGGAACUUCUGCCUUCAACUCCGGAGCAAGGGCUGAAAGUCGAUGUUCGAGAGCCUGGCGUGCACGAAUGGCGAGCAUGCUUGUCUGCCAUGACAGAUGUGGGUCUGGUGCAAAAGUUGUCGGAGGAUGAACGAUUUUCCAUGUGGUGCCUGACAGAGCAGGGAGUUGCAGGCGUGAAGGUGGGCUCUUUGCUUGAGCAGCCCUCCUAUGCCAUGGCAAUCCGGGAUGGCGUGGAUUUAGCUGAACGAACAGUUUGGGAGUUGUUGCUUCUCCUGGACCAGGAUGGAUGGAAACAUGCUGUGAAGGACAAAGGCGAUCAGGAUUGUUAUCGUCCUGGAUCUGACAAAGUUUGGUACAGCAGACCUGGUGAUGAUACGAUAUCCUUCUGGUACCUGCUGUGUCUGGCUCAGGGAAACUCCGAAGUACCACAUUUUCAGAGCAGUGGCUUUUAUCAAGCCUUGGCAGGUGGCAAAGCCCCGCCCAUUCGGCGGCAACGGAAAGCUUGGCAGGCGCUCCGGAACGUGGCUGAUGAUGACUGGGAUGUCCCUGCCGUCGCGGAUGCCGUGCCGGCAAAGCGUGCAAGAAGAAAGCGGGCUCCAGUGCACCGUGCCGUUCAAGAUGCUCUGGAGGCGGACAUGGAUCAUGCCCCUGUUGACCUGCAAGAGGAUGAAGAGGGCCACAGUGACUGUGAUGAUAUCGACCAACAACUUCUGGCUGCUUUUGAUGAAUUGGAUGGUACCUUGAAUCCAGGGUCUGCCUCAUUCUACUACGGUAUGGGGCACGCAGUGCGGGUCUACAAGAAGGGCGUUGCCGUCGGCUGGGAGAUGGUAUGGAUAAUCCGCGGCAGACACGUCGCGACGGCUGAAGAGCAUAUGGCAGAAACCUGGUCGGAAUUGCAGAGGGACUUUUCACUGGGGCAGCUUGAGGCUGCCCCGGAAGACCCACCCAUGCAGUACACAGGUGCUGAUGGGCGGGUGCACACUUUCACCCGUCCGACGAGGAACCGCGUGGCUGUACAAGUCAUGCUGCGGCGUGACAGUAGCUUCCUUGAGAACAUGGGGCCUCAGAGUUCAGAUGAACUGCUUGGCUGGGCCCAGUCGUAUGCCGAGAAGCUUGCUUCUCUUCCUUGCGGGAGGCAGCUGAAGGAGAAUCUCAGCGGAGGUUUGUUGCUGUCGACCGAUUUUAGUGGUCUUGAUGCUCCCAGAGAAAGCCUGCGAUGCAUGGUGCCAGCGUUGUCUGAAGCUUUUCAGACAUCUUUUCCUGAGGUCGUGGUAGCCAGAGCUUGCGACAUUGGCAAGCCUCAGCGAGAUUGUCUCAUGUUGCAAAGUGAGCUGUUUCAUGAUGGUGCUUCAUGUGUUUUUACAGAUAUUCUGGGCCGUUUGGGAGAUUCCGAGCGUGAGUGGCUUCAAGAGGCCGGACCUCUCAAAACCAUGGAUGUCAGCGAGGCUAGAGCAGCGAACCAAAAUGUUGAGCAAUUCUUGUGCUCCAACCGGGGCCGCAUUUUCUCAGCAAGCCAGAAAAGUUAUUGCUGCCAACAUAACCAGAACUGUCCAGUACAUGCACUGCCUGCUCUUCGAGAGAGGCGGGUCAGGGGGGCCGUCCAGGAAACAGCAGAUGAUGGCUUCGGCUUCGCUGAGGCCUCAGGUCUUUGUUUCUCGAGCCCUGCCAAAAGAAGGAGACAGAGCCGCCAGACCGUCACCCCCUGGUGGCAGAAGCAUAUGGAUGAGGACCUGUCAGCUCCGGAGCCGAUUGCUUGCAGUGUGGCAGGGUUGCUUUGUACCGAUUUUACUCCUCUAGGACAGAGGCGUGGCGUCAAAGGGGCAGGGUUAACUGAGCCGCUCCAUGCGGUCUGGAAGAACGAACGACAGUGGCUCGCGGAGCAGGGCUUGGAAGAUAUGUACUUUACCGAAAAUUCGGCACACUACCCGGUUCAGGAUAAACAAGUUGAUGCACUGCUGUCAUCGCAUGACGUGAAAUAUGUUACUGUGUCCCCAUGCGAGCUCGGCUACCCCGUGCGACGGAGGCGGGUGUUCUCAUUCGGGUUUGACAGGUCCAAGUGGCUCUGGAUUGGGCCAGAUACAGCAGCUGGUGUUCAAGCAGAGUUUGUUGAAUUGUUUGGCAAGUCGCUGGUACUGUCAGGCGAUGCCUAUGUUUUUGCCACAGACACGGAGAUUCACGACUUCGUGCAGCAGCGAGCAAAGCGUCGAAAGACGGUGCUGCCGGUCGGCUUCAAGGAGAUGCCCAUGCGACAAUAUUUGCACCAGCUCCUGCCUCCAGGGGCCAUGGUGCGGUUGGCAAAUUAUGACAGACUGCAAGCUGAGAGGGCAGGUGUCACAGGCAGCUUCUUUGCAGAUUUGGAUCACAAUGUCGACUGCGGUCCGCGCUGCGGUCCACUGAUUCCAGCACUUGACACUCAUGCCAACAUUUUUUCUUGGCAACAUGACCGGCUGCUGCUUGCUCAAGAGUUGCUGCAAGCACAGGGCAUCACCAUGUGCUCCAGUGGCACGGGACAAUCAGUGUCCCCCCUUGCCCAGGUGCUCCUGAAAUUCAAUGAUACUGAGCUGCGUCAGUUUGCUGGGAACUCACUGCGUGUCCCAGCAUUUGCUGCGGCGUGGAUGAUGUAUGCUUUUGCUCAUGUCAUGCCAAUUCCUCAGUUGCAGCUGACACUCGAGCUGGAAGCACUCAUAGACGAACAGGAUGAGGAAGCUGAGUUGUCUGGAACUUUGAAGCCUGGUCGUGUCGAUGCCUCAGAUGCCCAGUCACCCGCCGAAGAGAUGCAAGGUGAGGACUCACACAUCGGUCGGCGGCCAAUUUUGCGUUUGUAG